GCCGACUUUCGGCCCUAUCACCAGGAUGACAUCUCCAGUGGAUGGCUGUGUCUGAGUGCUCCCAAGCGUACAAGUCGUCGGCACGUGCCUGCUUUGGGGCCGGGAUUUUGACAGUCGUCGAGCCAAGAUGAGCUAGUCGUUGUUUUGUUACAUGACAUUCCAUUACCAUCAUCAUCGGAGCCGUCAGGAGACUGGGCCUUGGUCGUCGUUCGUGUCAAUCUUACCUGCUGCCGCCUGUCUCAGUGAAGAUGUGCCAGCCCAGCCGUCUCGACUUCUCGGGAGCAAUGUAUUCCAGCUCUGAUCGUACACCUGACUCGCAGAUGCGCUUCCUACCUAACUUCCAUUAUGCCUCAGUGACCUGGUGGUUGUUAUGCUUCGGCGCUGCAACUCACCCCUCCUUAACUGCCUCGUGAAGCGAUACCAUCCUCGCUGCUACCGAGUAAGCUCUGCCAAAUGACGUGGCGUAGCUUCACAUUUACCAUCGCAUUGUAUUCUCUUAGUCACAGGGACGUACCGUUUCAGGUCAUUGCGAAUCCGGACAAUCCUCGAAAGCCAGUCGUAGAAAACUUUGGGCCCAUCUCCCGAAGGACGUCCACGGCUUCCAGUACGAUCUGAUGCGGACGGAAGGAUGCGCUUAGGCGUAGAAGUCCGCCGCCGUCGUCAGGUUGCGAAGAUUGUAACAACGCUAUGA